AUGGCUUCCGCACCGGUACACAUCCUCAUCGUGGGCGCUGGAGCAGUCGGCUGCUUCUACGCCUCCAAGCUCCACCAACCGGACUCUUCGACUCCCGUUCUAGUCUCACUGGUCUGCCGAUCCAACUAUUCCACCAUCGCCUCCUCUGGCGUAUCUCUCGAAACGCAUUCGUUCGGAAACUAUCAUUUUGCACCACACAAGGUGUUCCCAUCGAUUGCCUCCGCUGGGGAAGCGGGGAUCAAGUGGGAUUUUGUGGUCGUCACGACCAAGGCGCUUCCGGAUGUGACCAACGAUGCACACGAUAUUCGACCGCUCGUCACCAGAGGAUUGGAUGGAAGCUGCAUUGUUCUGAUACAGAAUGGUGUGGGGAUCGAGGAGGUUCAUCGGGAAGAGUUUGCGGAGAAUCCGGUGGUCAGUGCCGUCACGGUGAUCAGUGCGGAACAGAUCCGACAUGGUGUGAUCAAGCAGAACAGGUGGACUAGGAUCACCAUGGGUGCCUAUACAAAUGGACAGUCCAAACCGAAUCAACUCGUCUCUUCCGAACACCUCAUCUCACAGCUCACUCAAAACACAGAUCAUCACAUCGCCAACCUGGUCGCGUGGUUCACAGCUACGGGGAUCAAAGAUGCAGAGCACGUCUCGGAGAUCUCGCUCCAACAAACGCGGUGGCACAAACUCUGCAUCAACGCCUCCAUGAACCCUUCCUCCGUCCUCUCCGGUGGCACCACCAACUCUCGCAUGUCUCUCGAUCCGGAACUCCGCACCCACCUCAAAGCCUGCAUGGAUGAGAUCUUCACCACCGCCCCUCAAAUCCUAGGCAUCCCAUUCGAUGAGAAAAAACACGCAAGUCCAGAUCGAAUCCUCAAAUCGACAGAGCGCAACACAACCGGCAAACCCAGCAUGUUGCUAGAUUGGUCGGCGGAAAGACCGAUGGAGUUGGAGGUGAUUCUGGGAAAUCCGAUUCGGAUCGCCAGGAGACAGGGGUUGGAAAUGCACAGGUUGCAGACGCUGUAUGCGUUGCUCAAGAUGGCUCAGCUGAGGAGGAAGGAGGAUCGAGCAGAAGCACAGAAAGCCAAGUUGUAG